GGUGAUUCCUAAUCGUCAUUUUCUACUACAGAUUGCUAGGGUACUAGAUUACACCAUCCAGGCAAGCUCUUGUACAUACAAUUUUGGUUGGCCCCAUUUUCCAUCUCCUAUUUGUAUCCACCAUCAUAUUUUGGAGAUCGCAUCUGCUUUGGUUGUUUCCAAAACAUCGAAAGUGUUUUUCCUUUUCUCUGGUGAGUUCUGUUUUCGGGCUUUCGUGGGAAUCAUGGGAGCAGAGGAAGCAAAGAAAGAUACAAGUGAGGUAGCUACAGAGGACCAAGCUCAAGAGAAGAGUGUGAUUCCACUGCCCGACCCUGUGGACAAGGUCUCUCGUUCAAAAACAUCUGCCAAUGUUGAAAAGGCAACAGACAACCCCAAUGAGAAAAACUCAGGAGCAACGGCUGAAAGAGAUGCUGUGCUUGCUGCAAUCGAAACCGAGAAGAGGUUGGCCUUGAUCAAAGCAUGGGAAGAAAGCGAAAAGUCCAAAGCAGAGAACAGGGCACAUAAAAUGCAGUCGGCGACUGGAACAUGGGAGAAUAGCAUGAAAGCAUCUGCAGAGGCUCAACUGAAGAAGAUGGAGGAAAAAUUGGAGAAGAAGAAGGCAGAAUAUGGAGAGAGAAUGAAGAACAAGAUCGCUGAAAUCCACAAGGCAACCGAAGAAAAGAGGGCAAUGAUUGAAGCCAAGCGCAGGGAAAAUCUUCUCAAGAUAGAGGAGGCAGCUGCCAAAUACCGUGCGUCAGGAACUGCACCAAAGAAGCUUCAUGGAUGUCUCGGCAGCUUUGAUUUUUAGGCUAAAAUUUGAAGGACCCAGAGAAUGAGAAUGGGGCAAUGAGUUUGCCUACUUUGUAUAUUUGGCUUGUUGAUUUCCUUAUAUGUAUGAAUUCGUUUCUAUGUUGUGCAUAUAACCGUGUUUGCAUUGCUGGAUUGUGAUAAGUUGAUAACUGAUAA